GGUCCCCCACCGGCGGCUGGUCGCAGCGCGACGGCCACGAGCUCAAUGCUUCAGUCGGGUGUACUGGCGAGUCCUGGCGGUCCAGGGGCUCCAAGGAGCCGGCCCGGCCGAUGAAGCGGGUGAAGUCCACCAUGGGCAUGACCGCGGAGGCGGCGAAGGCGCAGAUCUGGGAGAACCUCUGCGAGGGACUGCGGGUGCUCAUCCUGCAUGAGAAGCCAGCGGCCGUGCCCAGGCACAUGCGCAAAGUGCAGAGCACCUCGUUAUUCGGGGACGCGCGCGUGCCAACCGAGGAUGAGACGCUCAAGGUCUACGAGCUGUACUGCAAGCUCCUCCGGAUGGGGGGCGGCCGAGGGGGCUACCUGAUCGACUUGCAGGAGGAGGACGAGGACCUGGGCCUCCCCGACGCCGAGGCCGAGGAGCUGAGGUCGAAGUCCACCACCCACACGGGCAACCCGCACCCCAAGGGCCUGCCAUUCAUCGCGUGGAACACCCUGCUCGCGUGGAGCCAGCACCGGGAGGACAUAGCCUUCGACUUCCGGUACAAGUCUGCCACCGCCUUGCUCAACCGCAGUUUGCAGGCCUGGAUGCAGGCCGCCGCGUCCGAGCAGGAGAAGGAGGCCGGCAUGCCCCUGAACUUGUUGUUCCGGUGGGUCUGGCCCACGGUGGCGGAUGAGAACCUCACCGCGAUGCUCAGGUGGAUCUACCUCUACGAGCUGGAAAGCGUUAGGCAGCCGACGCCGCAGGUCAUCGACGCGCACGAGCGCAGGAUCCUGGGGAAGAUCUGGACCUCCAUGGAUCCGGAUGGCACGGGCUUCUGCACCGUGGACGACAUCGCGGGCGCCCGAGAGCAGACCAUAGGAGCGGGGCGCGGCGGCCGGCGGUCUCCCGAGGAUCGACAUCUCUGGGCCGCCCUGCACCCGCGAUCUGCGCACUGCGCGAAGGUCCCCGCCCAGAUGCCGGCCGCCGCGCCGCUGGCCCUGCUGCUCGCCUGCGCAGCGCCCCUGCUCGCCCGGUCGGCGCCCGGGUGCGCCUCGGGGGGGAGCUGCGAGGCCGGCGGAGAGCCGGAGGCCGCGUCACUGCUGCAGAAGCGGGGGUCGAGCAAGGCUCGGCGCGCGGCGCCGAUGGCCGGGCAGGAGCCCUCCGCGGGCGCGUCCUGCGGGGAGCCCUACCCCCUGAUCUUCGACAACGCCAUCACCGUUGAGGCAACGGGCAUGGGCACGCCCAGCGGCGGGCCGCCCAACAUGGCUUCGGUGGCGGCCUUGCUCGGUCUCGGGGACGUCCCCGUCGCCUACGGCCUGACGGCGAGCCUGAGCCCGAUCGCGACCAUGCCCCUGCAGUGGCGGAUCGAGGUGGACGAGUUCAUCGAGUCGAUGCAGCCGGGAGGGCCGAACGGCACCAUCCUCGAGCCGACGUCUAACUCGAUCUCGGACCUGUCUGCGCCGUCGCUGAUCGUGGAGGUGCUCAAGAGCUCCUCGUGCCCUGUCAUCAUUCUAACCACGGGGCCAGUGACGAAUCUGGCCGCGGCGCUGGAGAUGGAUCCCUCCGUGGUCUCGAAAAUCAGGGACGUCUUCAUGAUGGGCAGCGCCUACGGAGUUCCAGGCACGAACAAUGUUUACGAUUGGCAGCUUGAGUUCAACGGCGUGAAAGGUUCCUGUGCGGAGGUGGGCUCCCAGAUCUACACGGGUGACGAUCCCCCUCUGAAAUUUGAUGGUGAGGUCGGCAUCGUCCGCCCCAUUUGCCGAGGGGUCAAUAUGACGGAGAAGGGCGACACAGAGUGGAACGUCUUCAUGGACGUCCUCGCGUGGCACAAGAUCUAUGGCUUCCUCGUAGACUCCGACGCCGGCGUGUACGUGCUCGCGGCGAACGCAACUCUCAACAUGCCGAUCAUACUGGAGGAGAUCGAAGCGGCGACCGAGACGCUCGCAGAUCCCACGCUGAGCAUCUUCACCACCCAGCUCGCGAAAGCCUUCCUGGGCGCCGGUGAGGCCAAGUGGUGGGACGCCCAGUGCAUGGUGAUGAUGGCGGAAGUGGUUUCUGGAUUCGACGCAACGGGUGGCGGCGUGUGCGCUGGUUGGAUGCGCCAGAAGAAGACGAGCGUGUCUCUGGUGUGGAAGUCGGUGCUCGGGUCGAACGACUUGGAGCCAUACGGCAGCAUCAAGGACGACCCUGAGGCAAAGGCCCCGCUGGUGGAUUACUGUGUCUUUGGUAACGCCACCCGGAUGUGGGACACGUAUUGGUCCACGAUCAACAAGACUUCUGCAGACCAGUGA